UUAACUGAAGUCUGAGGCUCAGAUUUCAUUAGCGAGGAUUCAAGCGGUACAAGGAGUUUGCGAAUAUUUGAUUUCUCAGUUUGUGUUAUAGCAGGCAGCACGCGCAACAGGAAGGUGAGGAUCAGAAGCGCCAAAAGUUCACGCAGAAAAGACAUGAACAUUUUGUCAUUCCAAUGCGUUUCGUGGCUCUUAUUAAGCUUCACUGGUCUUCUCGUCGCUGCUCUGGAGAAAGAAAUCUUCACCAACGAACUCUUUGAUAAUUUCCUGGAGGAUCUAAGGGACCUGUCAGACAUCAACAAAGCCAAUGUCAAGUUUUCUCUGAGAAACCCGUCCCAACCAGAUGAUGACGUGUGUUACAUUGUACGUGGCAAACCAGAAACCCUCAACAUCUGCGACUUCAAAAACACUUCAAAAACCUUUUUGGUCAUUCAUGGGUGGACGGUAAGUGGACUGUUUGAGAGCUGGGUUGAGAAACUGGUUGCCGCACUUUAUAACAGGGAGAAAGACGCUAACGUUAUUGUUGUGGACUGGUUGGACACAGCGCAGAACCAUUAUGUGGUGGCGGCACAAAACACGAAGACGGUGGGACAAGAGGUCGGACUUUUUAUAGACUGGCUGGAGGAGUCUACCAAUGUUCCUCUGGAGAAGUUGCACCUCAUUGGCUAUAGUCUUGGCGCCCACGUCGCAGGUUUUGCAGGAAGCCAUGCAACCAAUAAAGUUGGACGAAUCACAGGACUAGACCCAGCUGGACCAGACUUCGAAGGAGCCCACGCCCACGGACGGCUGUCCCCAGAUGAUGCCCAUUUUGUAGAUGUCCUCCACACAUUCACCCGAGGUUCCUUGGGUCUCAGUAUCGGUAUCGAGCAGCCGGUCGGCCAUGUGGAUAUAUACCCCAAUGGAGGAAGCUUCCAGCCUGGCUGCAACUUGAGAGGAGCUCUGGAGAAAAUUGCCAGUUAUGGAAUACUUGCCUUAAAUAAUGCCAUCAGAUGCGAGCACGAGAGGUCCGUCCACCUGUUUAUCGACUCCCUGCUGAAUGAGGAAGAAGCUAGCAGAGCGUACAGCUGCGGGAGCAAUGACAUGUUCGACCGCGGCAUGUGCCUCCAGUGUCGCAAGAACCGCUGCAACACCAUAGGCUACAACGUCAGCAAAGUCCGUAAGGCAAGAAGCGCCAAGAUGUUUACCAAGACACGAGGCUCCAUGCCAUUCAGAGUUUUCCACUAUCAGCUGAAAAUCAACUUCCAUGGAGAAAUAAAUCAAUUAGCAAUGGAGCCAGCACUGACAGUCUCACUUUACGGUACCAAUGGCGAAGCAGAAGAUCUCAAGUUGAACAUCAGACAGGAGAAGAUCACCGCCAAUAAAACUUACUCAUUCCUCGUGGUAACCGAGAAGGACGUUGGAGAUCUUCUGAUGCUGAAGUUUAGGUUGGAAGAGUCCACAUCUCCUUUACUCAAUCUGCUCUCCUCGUGGUGGUACGGAGAUUCUGCAAAUUCUGGCGCACAGGUCCAUAAAAUCAGAGUCAGAGCCGGGGAGACACAAAAGAAGAUGGUGCUGUGUUUGAAAGAUCCCCAAAUGGGAAGUUUAGCUCAGGAUGUUGUAUUUGUGAAAUGCAAGGAGCCAUGGAAGUCUUUAUCUAAAAGGCUCAAACUGAAGAGCUAAUGAAAGGAUGUACAAGCGAUUUUGCUGAAGCACUUCAACAAAUCUAUUUAUACAGCUGUUAUUUAUUAAGACUGCAACUGCACUGACUGUACUGUAUUGCGUGAUAUGUGUUGCUAUGAAUUUGAUUCAUGCAAAUGGAUUGUGGACUUUUGUACUAGGGUAUGCCAAAGGCUUAAAAAGCCUUGAAAUGUGAUUAAUUGUAUUAAAUAAUACUGGAUUUGUGUUUGAAUUAGGUCAUUAGUUAAUCUAGUCGAUCAUUAUUUGUAAUGAGGAUGCUUUUGGCUAACAGCAAACACAGUUCAAGCAUUGUCUUACAUUAUCUGUUCUGUCUUUGAAAUAAUUUAAGCGUUUUGUACUAAAUUAUAUACUCCACAAGUUUUACGUUAUUGAUUCAGUCAAAUUUAGCCUACCGUUGUUUUGGCGAAUUUUCGCGGGAAAAAUCCAGUCACUUCAGUAGGAAUCCACGCAAUGUCGCGUGAGCCGUGAGUACGAAAUAUUUCCACACGUAGUUGUUGUUCAUAAAUGAAUUUCCCGAAUUCAUCGUCUUACCCAAUAGAAAGCAGCGUGGUUUGAAAAUUGCGUCUGUUUGAGCAUCGCUAUUAGAGUAAGCAAUGAACGUUUUAACCCGCGAAAAUGAGGCACAUAAUAAGAAUUCGAACGGCUUUUGUCUUGACGUCCAGACAAAAUAUUACUAGUUAAAUAAUUAAGAAGGUGCUGUAAAACUAGUUUUACAUUGAUUUACUUCUGACUGAAUAUUCUGUAAACACGGUUUACCUUAGGAAGGGUACGUUUUCUCUGAGGGAAAUGUAAACAAUAUCAUAAUUGAAAAUCUUUAAUGUUUUACCUGUUAACGGUCAAAAAAAUCACACCUGCAGUUGAUAAUCUAAAAAGUCAUAUAAACACAUAAAUGAAACAUCUACUGUGUUGAAUGUUUUAUUAUUGGUACAAGUGUCUUUUGCACGGUAGACAGUUGACUUACCUAAGCAGUCAAUACUGCAUCCUACUGCUACAACAUUGUAUAAUUUUUUUUUUUUUUUUAAAUGAAAAAUAAGGUGAUGUACAUCAAUUAAAUGAACUGUUCAUAAUUGUAAAUUUGUUUUAAAAAAAAUCAUAAUAAAUUAUAUCUUUAUGUCUUAA